AUGUUAUCCUUCGUUUGGAAAAGCCAAGAUAAUAAAACAAAUGUGGAACCUGUUUCAAAAAAGCCACCUAAUACAGCAUUUCGACAGCAGAGAUUGAAAUCAUGGCAACCUAUUCUAAUUCCUCAGAAUGUGCUUCCAUUUCUGAUACUGAUUGCUUGUAUCUUCACUCCUAUUGGUAUUGGUUUAAUGGUGAGUAGUAACCAUGUGCAAGAUUUAACUAUAGAUUAUAGUAAGUGUUAUCAGUUAGCAAAUAGUGAAGAUUAUGUAAAAAUACCCUCUAAAUAUGUGAAUUAUCAUUUCAAAGAGAAAAUGAAUACAAAGCCGAUGUGGAAAUUGUCGUAUGAUGAUACAAAUGAUAACGAUGUAUGUCAGUUACAAUUUGAGGUACCGAACACAAUCAAGAAACCUGUCUAUGUUUAUUAUAAAUUGACAAAUUUCUACCAAAAUCAUAGAAAAUAUGUUCAAUCCUUUGAUAGAAAACAAAUCAAUGGUAAAGCCGUAAAAUAUGAAGAUUUGGAUACAAGUUGUGAACCUUUAAGAAGUAUUAAUGGAAAAGCAAUCUACCCUUGUGGUCUAAUCGCAAACUCUAUGUUUAAUGAUACGUUUGGGCAGGUCUUUAAAGGGUAUGAUAAAAAUACACAAGACUAUCAGUUGACAAACAAGAAAAUAGCAUGGGCUAUUGAUCGUAAACAAUUUAAAAAAACGAAAUACAAUGCAUCAGAUAUUGUACCUCCUCCAAAUUGGAUAAAAAGGUUUCCUAAUGGUUAUACUGAUGACAAUAUUCCAAAUAUUCAUGAAUGGGAGGAAUUCCAAGUUUGGAUGAGAACAGCAGCAUUACCUAAAUUUUAUAAAUUAGCUUUAAAAAAUGAAACCGUUCCUUUACCGAAAGGGCAAUAUGUAAUGGAAAUAGGGUUGAAUUAUCCAACUACAAUUUUUGGUGGUACUAAAUCAAUCGUGUUAACCACACUAGGAGUCACUGGUACAAGGAAUCUUUCGUUAAGUAUCAUGUUUUUGAUCGUUGCAGGUAUAUCUGCGGUUUUUGCAAUUAUAUUCUUAGUGAAAAUUACUUUCCAAUCUAGAACAUUAGGUGAUAAUACAUUUUUAAGUUUUGAAAAUGAUGAUUAUGAACAGUACGAUAGUAGUUUUAUUAAAGGGCCACAAUCAAGUAGAAAAAUCAUAGAUGACAUUUCACCACUUAGAGAAAUACUAUAA